AUGGAGGAUAAUCUUCGCUACGUUAUUGUCCAAGGAGCUCCUUUUAUGGAUCAUCUCGACGGCGACAUCACAAUGAAUACCUUUGACUACCUCCCAGACAUUCCCCAGGAGCAGUGGUGGGCAGCGGAUGCCUCGGUGUUUCCCCCUUCAUUUGGGGGACUCGACCCUGCAAUCCACUACCACCAAGGCGAUCUCCCUUACAACGGCUUCACUCCCAAUUACGGGUCCGAAUGGUCUGGGUUCUCCUCUGUGCAAGAGUAUCCUGCCCCGUCAGCGCCCGACUCCUCAUGUCUUGAACCGUCCCCGAGCGUAUCAAGCCGUCGCAGCUCUGCCUCGGCACAACAAGACGAUGAACAGCAAAAACCGAGUGCAGCCGAGCGUGCGACGUCCAAUUCAACAAAGCGGCCCCCCUCCACCCGGAAGAACAAGCCUCGGGGUCCGGCAGUUGAAGGAAAGAAAGAUUCGAAGAGCCGCAAGGCCGAACCAAGCCAAACCACGAGUAGCUCAUCCCCCAACGACGCAGAUGGAUUCAGUAAACGAGUGCAAGAGAGGAAUCGGGUGGCAUCCAACAAGUUCCGCACCAAGAAGAGGGAAGACGCAAAGAAGCUCAAGACGGACGAGGAAGACAUGGAGCGCGUCAACCGCGACCUAUCGAGCUGCGUUGCAGACCUGACUCAGGAGGUUUACCAGCUCAAGAUGAGAUUGUUACAGCACACCGACUGCGAUUGCGCCCUCAUUCAGAACUACAUUGCCAGCGAGGCACAGCGUUAUAUCUGGAAUCUAGAUGACAAGCAUGAGCAUGGCUGCUAG